GCGCUAGCCAUUGCGAAUCGCGUUCGCCAAUGCGAUAGUGUUCUCCUCUAUCGUUCGACGAUAUCUCGGUCGGGCGAGGGAAAAGAGGAACGAGCCGUUCUCCUUUUACUUUCGAUAGAAUUUGCCCGAGACCUUGAACGAGCCAGCGAUUUCGUCAUAAUUAUACCUCGGGCUGGGUUAUUUUUCGUCGUCGCUCCGACCGAUAAUGUUUCGCCGUGAUCGCGCAUAGAAAACGUUCGAGUUACUCUCGUUUCGGCAAACAGAGAGAGAGAGAGAGAGAGAGAGGAAGAGAGAGAGAGAGAGGAAGGGAGAGAAUACCGAUAGGAGAAGAAAAUAGGCGAUUCGACCUAGAGAAGAAGAGCCGAUGUUUGGACCAAGUCGAAAAAGAUAUCGGGUGCGAACGAGGGACAGUUUCGUUGCAAGUUCAAGGCUGAAGCCCUGAGAAGUUUCGCGAUCGGCAAACUGGAGUCGUUGAAUGUGGACAAACUGGGUGUCGAGAGUGCGUGCUCGCCUGGAUGAAAUUGCACCGAAUGACUGGAUGAUUGGAAGAUACGUAGACGGGUGAGCGUCACGAUAGACAGGUAGCUCGAAAGAGAGGAAAGAGGUUUUUAAAGCGCGGAGAGAUUGGACGUCUCUGUAUCGGAUUCGCUUACUGCAGGCUUUAACUGUCAUCUGAUCUAUCGCGGCCGAACGAAAUUCGACAGGAUGAAAGGAUAAUGCAACUGCUGGCCGAAAGAUAACGCGACCGUAUGCGAUGGCAAAAAAUAUCUAACGAAAAGGUUGAAAAAGGGGCCAACGGAUGCAAACACAUACGUUCCAGAUAAGAAAACGUUUCGUAGUGUCAAUAAAUAGAAAUACAUGACAAUCGUCAAUACGUAAUGUAUCGUUCAUUCGUCUUUCACUUUUUCGGAAUAUUUACAGUGUUUACGUAAUACGUAGAUAAAUUCCAAUUCUUUUAUAUCAUUUACUUGGAUAUAAUAUAAGUAAUUACUUGCUUAUUAACGACUUGCUCGUUAAUCUAUGUUAAUAAAUUAAGAGCAUCCAUCUGUCUAUCUAGCUGACUCUCUCUCACUUCUAUCAUUUCGAUAAAGUUCUUCUGUCAUAUGUAUUUCGUGCCUUUCAACGUGGAUAACAGUGUUUCCACAAUGUCGAUGGAACUUCAUCGACACUCGACCCAUUCGGGCGUAUUAAGUUUAUCAAGCAGCAAAUAACUAGAAUACUGGGGAAUGUGUACAGGAUACGCCGACAGGCACUCCCGAAUCUUGAAAUCUGAAGAAAAGAACGAGGAAAGGAAUAUUUCCUGGGAAAUUCCAUGCGGACGAUUCGAAGGAAUAAUUUCGGAGAAGCCACAAAAGAUGGCCUUCAUGUGGUAUAUAGGAAUUAUCACGAUUCUAGUUGCAGAUAAGGCACGGGCAGAUUUUAAGGUAUCAAAUCAAGAUUUAAUAGUUCACGUAGAUAGUCAAGAAUCAUUUGAGUUGUACCUGACGAAGAACUUAUCUGAAGAUGUAUCAGUGACAAUAGAAGUGCAACAUCCAGAUUUAGUUUCUGUUAACACAUCCAGUAUCUAUAUUACUAAAAACGAUACAAAGAAUAAAUGGGAUAUUCUUAUAAAUGGUCGCAGUGCAGGACACUCGAUUGUUAGUCUUAAUGUCACACCUAACAAUGUUACAGAUUACUCCCAAGCAUUUGUUAGAGUGACCAUUGAAAAAUCAGAUACACUUUACCACAUAAGUACCGUAGUAGGAUGGAUAUACUUUCUAGCAUGGAGUGUAAGCUUCUAUCCACAGAUAUACAGUAAUUACAAACGCAAAAGUGUUGUAGGAUUAAAUUUCGAUUAUUUGUCAUUGAAUUUGGUUGGCUUUAUUCUGUAUGCACUUUUCAACUGUGGCUUGUAUUGGAUACCAGAAGUUGAGCUGGAGUAUUUUAGAAGAUAUCCAAAAGGCUUAAACCCUGUACAAGUGAAUGAUAUUUUCUUCGCUUUGCACGCAACAUUUGCGACUGUGAUAACUAUUAUUCAGUGCUUUAUAUAUGAGACGGGAAAUCAAAGAGUAUCUAUCACAGCACGUAUUAUUCACGGAAUAUUUGUAGUCUUUAUCUUAGUUUCUAUGAUAUUAGCUAUAAUAACAACGAUAAAAUGGCUCGACUUUCUGUAUUAUUGUAGUUAUGUUAAAUUGAGUAUAACAUUAAUUAAAUACGUUCCACAAGCAUUUUAUAACUACAAAAGAAAGUCCACCGUUGGUUGGAGUAUUGGCAAUAUAUUUUUAGACUUUACGGGUGGUAUGUUGUCAAUGCUACAGAUGAUACUUAAUGCAUACAAUUAUGAUGAUUGGGAAAGUAUUUUCGGAGAUCCCACGAAAUUUGGUUUGGGAUUUUUCUCAGUCGCAUUUGAUAUAUUUUUCAUUAUACAACACUAUGUACUAUACAGGGAUCAUAAAGAAUAUGUUAGAAUACCUGGUAACAAUUACGAAAAAUCGGAAGAAAAUCCAUUAAUCUGUGAUUCAAAUAGCAAAAGCGACGCUGACAUUGCCACCGAUCCCAUGACGACAUGACCCCGUCUAUUUACAUACGUUAUUUAAAAUUUUAUUCUUACCAAGUAAUGUGCAGUAUAUCCAUCGAUGAAAAUUACGAAACCAUGCAAUUAUACAACAAAAUGUAUACACGUGUGUAAUAUCACUCGCGAAAUCAAAUAAUUCAUUUCUUUUUAUAACGAAA